GACGCUCCGGUCCCCGAUGCAGAGUGGGAAAUCCGCGUCGGGCGCGGCAUGCUGCACCUCCGCGAGACGCUGCCGCGCCUCUUCGACGCCUCGCUCGCCAGCGACGACCUCUUCCCGCGCGAAGUAUUCUCGCCCCACGUCGUGCUCAAGCUGCCCGCGCCGUUCCCGAUCCGCAUCUCAGGCUUGACGGCAUAUCGGAUGGCGUUCGCAACAGGCCGGAGCGGGCUGCACGCCCUCCACACCGACCUCGCGACAACGCUACAACGCAUGACGUUCUCUCCGCCCACUCCCCCCCACUCCCUCUCCGACUCGUUCAAAGACACACCGGCGCAGAGACACAAGCAGAUCCGGGUGCAGCUCGCGCUGCACGGCCACCCGCGGCUUCCGCCGCACCACCGCGCGGAAUGGACCACGAGCAACCUCUACACGUUCAACCCCUACUCUGGCCUCAUCGCGAGCCACGAGGUCGAGGCCAUCCGCCCGCUGCCGGGGGAGGGCGUGGCCGAGUGGGUCAUGGGCCGCGUGUUGGGGUGGACGAGACGCGCG